GUCACCCAUCCUGUGAGUUAGCUGGCAUCGCGACACCUCAGAAAUAUCUUAGUCAGAUACAGCUAAUAUCAUCCAACAGGUUAUUGUCAUUUACCGAAUGGCAUCCCACACGUUUCAUGAUUAUACUAUCGCAUGGAUCUCAGCCCGGGCCAUGCUGGACAAGAUCCACAACCUACCUGGAAGAGCGAGUGAUCCGAACGCGUACGAAUUUGGCGAGCUUAACGGCCAUCACAUAGUUAUUGCCUACCUACCCAACGGUAUCUACGGGACUGUCUCUGCGGCGGCUGUCGUAUCGCGUAUGCGCUUGACCUUUCCUCGGCUCCGCAAAAGUGACGAUAUUCGAUUGGGGGAUGUUGUCGUCAGUACACCAGGUGGAAGGCAUGGUGGGGCAGUGCAGGGGGGGCAGUUUGAGCCCACGGGCCUGUUGAAUCAACCACCGCAGCAUAUGACGGCUAACGAUGAUGCUCUCCUAUGCGUCACCAAAAGAUUCACCCGCCCAAGAAAAGAUACAGAUCUAUUUUUCUGCUCUUCCUACCACCAUGCUGAUAAGAGAUCCGACUGUGGGAAUUGCGAUCGAGAACGACUGGUCAAGCGGCCGCCACGUGCAAGACAAAUACCCUACAUUCAUUACGUGAUUAAAGACUCGGAAACACGAGAUCGUCUAGCAACACAGCAUGGGAUUCUUUGCUUUGAGAUGGAAGCUGCAGGUCUUAUGAAUGAGCUUCCAACCCUUCAGAAGCAGUGGCAGGGUUAUGCAGCAUUGACAGCUGCUGCCUAUGCGAAGCUUCUAAUCUCAGACAUGCCGGUCUGUCAGGCAAGAAAAGCCCAGCAUUGGAUGGUCCCUCUCUUCAGAAACCCGAAUUUUGUUGGCCGCCUGGAUGAGAUAAAGAAAGUGGAAGACCUGAUCAUAUUGCAAGACGGAUACCGAAGGGUUGCAAUCACUGGUUUAGGGGGGAUCGGAAAGACCCAGGUGGCCUUAGAGAUAGCCCACCGCAUUCGCGAAAAAGACAGGGAAUGCUCGGUCUUCUGGGUCCCUUCAACAUUCUUGAAGAUCGCAGAGACGGUCGGAAUCAGCAACAGUACACCAUCCGAGGUCAAGGAACAGUUGAAGAGAUACUUUAGCUCUUGGCGUGCAGGAAAGUGGCUCUUGAUUUUCGACAAUGCAGACGAACCGGAUGUGUGGUUAUCACCUGGCAAAGCAGACUCAGGUCUCGAGGACUUUCUCCCUCAGAGUGAACAAGGCAAUAUUCUAUUUACCACGAGGAACCGGAAACUUGCCUUGAAACUCGCACCGUUCAACAUUGUUUCAAUCCCAAAUGAGGAUAGAGACAUCGCACUUCAAAUUAUGCAGAAAUUACUGGCCCAGAAGGACUUGCUUCAAGAUGAUAACACCACAGUUAUUCUGUCAGAACGACUGGACUUUCUUCCCUUGGCAAUUACCCAGGCAUCUGCAUAUAUUAUUAAGAAUAAGCAGGAACAGGAUGCAGUAGAGCUUCUUAGUAAGGAGUUCCGUGACCUAGAACACUACAAGGAAAUCCAGAAUCCGGUUCUAAGUACUUGGUUAAUCUCAUUCAAUCAAGUACAAAGUCAGAGUCAACUGGCGGCAGACUAUCUGUCUUUCAUGGCCUGUAUCAAUCCACAAAACAUUCCUCGGUCUCUCCUGCCACUCGGAACAACAAAGAAGCGGACACUUGAUGCUUUGGGGCUCUUAAAUACAUACUUAUUUACGACCGGCCAGAAUAUGAAUAUAAGCCUGCACAGCCUUGUACAUCUUGCUACGCGGAACUGGCUUCGAAGCACUGGGCAGUUUGUAUUUCCCAGUAAUCACCACGCUAAUCGAGAACUUUGGCGGGAAUAUCUUCCUCAUGCAUUGGCACUUGUGGAUGAAGACUAUUUUGCUCAAAGGCAGAACGACUAUGCUGAACUGAUUCAAAAUAUUGCGGAUUGCCUUGCCAGUGAUGGAAGAUACCUCGAGGCAGAAAUCCAAUACAAGGCUCUGCUAGAAAGGAGUCAAGAGAACAGUGGGGUCAAGCAUCCAGAUACUCUGCGAAGCAUGUCUAAUCUGGCAUCAACAUACUGGAAUCAGGGCCGAUGGACUGAAGCCGAAAGGCUGGAUAUUAAAGUGAUAGAGAUAUCGCAAACAGUACUCGGACCUGAGCAUCCUGCUACUCUGACAAGCAUAGCCAACCUGGCAUCCACAUACCGAAAUCAGGGCCAAUGGAACAAAGCUGAGAAGCUGGAUAUCCAAGCACUAAGAUCAAGAAAGACAGUGCUAGGAGUCGAGCAUCCUGAUACUCUGACAAGUAUGGCCAACCUGGCAUCAACGUACCGGAAUCAGGGCCGGUUGGAUCAAGCUGAGAAGCUGCAUAUCCAAGCACUGAGAUUAAGAAAGACAGUGCUAGGAGUCGAGCAUCCUGAUACUCUGACAAGUAUGGCCAACCUGGCAUCAACAUAUUGGAAUCAGGGCCGAUGGAAUGAAGCCGAGAAGCUGGAUAUCCAGGUUAUGAAAACAUCUGAAACAGUAUUAGGAGCCGAGCAUCCUGAUACUCUGAAAAGUAUAGCUAAUCUGAUAUCCACCUAUCAGAGUCAAAGCCGAUGGGACGAAGCUGAAAAGCUAGGCUCUUACAUACUACACAUACGAAGAAGAGUAUUAGGAGCAGAGCAUCCUGAUACUCUGGCAACUAUAGCUAAUCUGGCAUCGACCUAUCAGAAUCAGAGCCGAUGGGAUGAAGCUGAGAAGCUAGGCAUACAAGUGAUGGAGAUACGAAAGGCGAUAUUAGGAGCUGAGCAUCCUGAUACUCUGAGAAGCAUGGCCCACCUUGCCUACACCUGGAAAUCUCAAGAACGACUUUUGGAUGCAUUGUCUUCGAUCAAAAACUGUUGCAAGCUGUGCCAUAUGGUCUACGGUUCGGAUCACCCAGAUACCAAGCCACCAUCACUCCCUCGGAAAGCCUCCAUGGAAAGAAGGGUGCAAAACUCUCCUACCAUGUCAAUCAACGAACCAACGAUCUCCUUCGUGCCUGCCUCACCAGGUCAUCGCUGCGGCGAUAAUCCAUACUCCCGUUGCACUUUCCGCCUAACCUCCGGACCGGCCUACGCCCUCCAACAAGACUCACCUACCCGUGAUCCACCUGAACCUGCAGCACCAGCACCAGCACCAACAACAACCAAAGCCCUGGGCGAGACAAGCUACGCCGGGGGUCCGCCACGACUGGGUGGUACCAGCAGGCGGUAA